CACAUGUUCAUUUGAAAGAUUUUAAAAGCCAAUUGUUUUGAAUAGUUUCUUUGCAAUAUAUUGUUUAUAUCGCUCGAAACAUAUAUUUUUCUAUGGUUAUUUUUAUGCUAAUGAAUAUAUAUCAAUAUAUAUCAAAAGUAUUUUCAAGCAAUUGCGAUGCAUCGAUUUUUAAUGAUGUUUGAAACCAAUAUUUAAUCACGUUAUGCAAAUGAUAUGUUUUUUAUGUAAUUUCUUACUGUAUUGAUUUUAUUCAACACAGUGAACUGUUUUUUUUUCUAGAAAUUUGUUAAAUAUAUAAAAAAUGCAAAAUGUCAAAAAAUAUAAUUAAGAAAAUACCUGGUGAUAUACCACCUCAUUCGAAAAAGGAAAGCCAAGGAUAUAUCGAGGAUUUAGAGAAAAAACAAAAAUUUGAGUUGGAGGAACUUUUGGAAAGGCAGAAUAAAAUUCUUGCAAACAAAAAAUUUAUUUCAAAGCUUCCAGAUAAAGGAGAGAAGAUUGUAAGAUUCCGUGAUAAGUUGUUGAAAGAACUUGAGCAUAGAAAUGAAGUAGAAACAGCAGCUAAUUUGCUAUCGCGACUUAAUAUAGCAUCCGUAGGCAAAGUAGCUAUGACUAAAUUAGAAUGGACAGGAAAAUAUGAUGAGAAUAAUGAAAAUACAACCAAGAUUGUUGAACUAGACAGUGAUGAUGAAGAAGAUCCAUUAAAAAUAUUAGCUCAGCCUACAGGAAGUGGUAUUCACAAGAAAAAGAUUAUACAUGUAACACAUGAAGAAAGCCUGAUCAAGCCAGAAGAUAUAGCAGAAGUUGAAUCCUUUAAAACAGACAAUUGUUCAGAUGUGGAACAUGUAAAAUAUAUCAUCGAUAAAGUAGAAAAGGCACAAGAAACAAACAAAAAGAAAGAACCAUUUAAGCCAUAUAAAACAACUAAAAACAAUGUGCAUGAUCCAAUGAAAGAAAAACAAAGAAAGCUGCCUAAAAACUGGGAAGUCACAGCAGCUACACCACCUCUUAUAAUUCAUGGACCAACAAAAGUCUUAAGCAUUGAUGAAUCUUUAAAAUUACAGAAGGAACAAACUAAAAAAUUACAGGAAAUUCAAGCAAAACAUGCAAUAGAACGUUUAACUAAUCAAAUAGGAAUGCACAGUAUCGGUCCUAUACCACAAAAUGUUGAGAAUUAUCACUUCCGACAUACAAAUAAUUUAAUUUCUUCAUCUUCUUCUUCCGAGGAUGAAGAAGAACAUGAAGUGCUAGAUGAAGAAGAUAAUGAUAGAGGUAGAACAGUUGUAUUUACCAUGGAUUCCAUAGAGAGUUAAUAUUAUACAUAUUUUAGAUGUGAUGACAUGAAUAAUUAUUAAUUUUAAGAAUAUUUAUUUUCCUUAAUAAAAUUUUUUUAAUGAUGGAA